AUGGACCUGUUCUCCGCCGCCUACGAGAACUUCGGUCUGGUCAUUAACACGCAGAAGACGGUGGUGAUGCACCAACCGCCACCCAACUCAGCCACAGCCCUCAAUGCGCCGCCGCAAAUCAGCGUGAACGGAACCCAACUGCAAGUGGUGGCGAACUUCCCGUAUCUGGGCAGUACCCUCUCCCGCAACACCAAGAUUGAUGACGAAGUCGCCAACAGGAUCUCGAAACCAGUCAGGCCUUCGGUCGUCUUCUAAGCACAGUUUGAAAUCGCCACGGUCUUCAGCUCAGCACCAAGCUGAAGAUUUACAAGGCCGGCAUCCUGCCGACACUACUAUAUGGAGAGGAGACUCGGACGGUGUACGCAAAUCAGGCGCGUCGUCUGAACCACUUCCACGUCAGUUGUCUUCGUCCCAUCCUGAGGCUAAAGUGGCAGGAUCGAAUCCCCGACACUGAUGUGCUGGAACGGACGGGAAUCCUCAGCAUCUACGCCAUACUGAGGCAAAUUCAGCUGCGCUGGAGCGGCCACCUGGUGCGCAUGGACGACGAGCGACUACCCAAACGACUCUUCUACGGAGACGUCGCGACGGGUUCUCGCCGUCAACGAGGCCAGAUUCGGCGUUACAAGGAUACCCUGAAGUCCUCCCUGAAAUGCCUGCAAAUCAACCCGACCAACUGGGAGGAGCUCGCACUCGAUCGACCGACCUAG